AUCAAGAUAGCGCAAUCUUCACGCUGAUUACUGGUGCCCGACGAGGGACUUCGCGUUCUUCCAUUACUAAAACAUGGUGCUUACCAACCUACGGUGCAGCCAGCCCAACUAUCUCCUUUGAUCACUGGACGGAUCACGCAGAUGACCACUUCCGAGAUCACGUUCCAAUCGUGUUGUAAGUCACAUAAAUAGUGCAAUCUACUUGACAAGCAGUACAGCCGAGUGUGGUGUCACGGGACGACUUUGCAGUCCAUGUACUGUUCUGCGCACCACACUCAGAGAACGUGGAGCAGAGGAUGAGGCAAGAAUACAUACCAGCUGCAAUUGAGAGCCUUCUACGUUGUUGCGGUGGUUCUGCCACAGUGGUUCUGGUGGGUAAGCUUUUCUGGGCCGAGGGGCCGCCCCCGUGAAGCAAAGACCAAUACUCGGCACUUUUCCUUUUACCGAGCUUCGAGUCUUUAGAGGGCCCCUCGGACCUGGAAACUUACCCGCGGCCCAGAACUCGGCUUGCUGCUUGACUCAGAUUUAGUUGACUCCUCAGAAGCAGCAGUAUCAUACAACCAUGUCGGAAACAAAUUAUGAGAUUGAAACUCUCUGGAGCAACUGUCUUGGAGAACUGAAGCUCACUUUCUCAUCUGUUGCAUUGGAGUCAUGGUGUCCAACAAAGGGCUAAUUUUUAAGAACCCGCCUACCAAUUAUCCGAUCCCUGGGCAGGAUAUUGCAGUUGAGUCUCGCGACUUCGAUAUCGAACAAAAGCUCGAUGAAGGGGCGGUCAUCACCAAGAACUGCUAUUUGUCCUUUGAUCCAUACCAGAGGGUAUUGUUGAAGCCGUCCAAUGACACGAGUUAUAAUGCUGCUUUUCCCCUUGGCCAGCCCUUUGGCGGAAGAGGGAUAGGCCAGAUUGUGAAAUCGAAUAAUCCGUCCUUCAAGAUUGGUGAUCUCAUUCGACACAUUCUUCCGAUCGAAGAGUACACGUUGCAUGAUGGGGCAUCUUUAUCAGGGGCCGAGAAAUUAUCCGACAUGGAAGGAAUUGAAUUGCCUGUGCUGCUUGGGGCUUUGGAUGGCACUGGUUUGACGGCAUACAGCUCAUACUAUGACAUUGGCCAGCCGAAGAAAGGUGAGACGAUCUUGAUCUCAGGGGCUGGAGGUGCUGUGGGACAGAUUGUGGGACAACUUGCGAAAAGAGGCGGACUCAAAGUCUAUGCAAGUGUUGGAAGUGACGAUAAAUUGAAAUUCCUUGUUGAUCAACUUGGUUUCGAUGGUGGAUUCAAUUACAAGAAUGAAAAUCCUCUUGAAGCCAUCAAAAGGCUCGCACCUGAUGGACUUGACAUCUACUAUGAUAAUGUUGGGGGUGAACAGCUCGAUGCUGCUCUAGUCAACAUGAAAUUAUUUGGGCGCAUUGUCGCUUGUGGCAUGAUUUCUACAUAUAACCAAUCACCGGGAGAAAAGUAUCGAAUUGCCAAUCUGAUUGAGGUAAUAUUCCGCCGGUUGACGAUGCGUGGGUUUCAAGUACUCGAUGCCGAGAUGGGAGGAAAGUACGCCAAAGAGCAUCAGGAGAACUUCAAGAAAUGGAUCCGCGACGGAUCGCUAAAACCCACAACUGCCUUGACAGACGGCAUUGACCGUGCUGCUGAGGGGUUUGUUGGCAUGUUAAAGGGGCAGAAUAACGGAAAGGCAGUUCUCAAGAUCGCCGAGCCGGACUUGUAGCAUUUCUCGACUUUCUGGGGCACAAUCUCAAGUAUGAUCAAAAAACACGGGUCCAUCCAACGACAAGGAAGAAGGUGAUUGCGUGCCAAACCUGGAUCGGUCGAAACAGCAGCGCCGAGUUGCUUAGUACCACCCAAACAUGACGACAUGCUUAUAAAGAGUGGUAAUUGACAGUGCCACUGUCCUGUGGGUAAUCUUCUUAUUCAAUGCCACGGAUAUUAGGAGCCGUAAUUACAGGAGACUCAAGCCUGAUGCCCCAUUCGAGAGUCACUGAAGCACGCUUCAAGUGAGGAACUCGGAGCCGGGGAAUCCCAGCCGGAGAUCUAUGCCAAGACUUCCACUUGCC